CAUAGAAGGCAACGGGGACAUAAAACUACAGCGUCUGGCCUAGAGGCGGUCGGUGCUGAGUUUCUGCUGCAGGUCCGGGUCCUGCCGCUGGAUUCCAUCGGUCCUCUUGUUUUUUUUUUUGGAAAGGGUGAAUGUCGAGUGGUUCAGCUUUUGCAACUGGGGACGCACACAUCAAACACUGAGAGAAGCCUCCGCUACCUGCGCACCCUUAUUUCUCCCCCAAGGGCCCUGCAUGUCUAAUAUUUAGACAUGUUCAGCUUUAUGGAUUCCAGGACUGUACUGCUGCUUGUAGCAACCCAAGUCUGUCUAUUAGCCGUUGUGAGAUGUCAGGAGGACGAACAGGAGGACAUUAUUAGCUGUACACAAGACGGACAGAGCUAUAAUGACAAGGACGUAUGGAAACCACAGCCGUGUCGCAUCUGUGUGUGCGACACCGGAACCGUCCUGUGUGACGAAAUUGUCUGCGAGGACCUAAAAGACUGCCCCAAACCCGAGAUCCCAUUCGGAGAGUGUUGCCCCAUCUGCGCAGCUGACCCGUCCACGCCCAUCGGAACACCUGGGGCUAAGGGUCAGAAAGGCGAACCCGGAGACAUUACCGAUGUUGUAGGACCAAGAGGACCAUCUGGCCCUAUGGGCCCACCAGGAGAACAAGGACUCCGCGGAUCGAGAGGAGACAAGGGAGAGAAGGGAAACCCUGGUCCCCGUGGCAGAGAUGGUGAGCCUGGCACCCCCGGAAACCCCGGCCCCCCUGGACCUCCAGGGCCGAACGGACCCCCUGGCCUUGGCGGAAACUUUGCAGCUCAGAUGGCCGGUGGCUUUGACGAGAAGUCCGGCGGAGCACAGAUGGGUGUGAUGCAAGGACCGAUGGGCCCCAUGGGACCCAGAGGACCACCUGGCCCCAGUGGAUCACCUGGCCCACAAGGUUUCCAGGGUAACCCAGGAGAGGCUGGAGAGCCCGGUCAAUCUGGCCCCAUGGGCCCCCGUGGCCCCUCUGGAUCUCCUGGAAAACCUGGAGAUGACGGUGAAGCUGGAAAAUCUGGUAAAUCAGGCGAGCGUGGACCUUCAGGACCUCAGGGAGCGCGUGGAUUCCCAGGAACUCCCGGCCUGCCCGGCAUCAAGGGUCACAGAGGUUAUUCAGGUCUUGAUGGUGCAAAGGGAGAGACCGGAGCUGUUGGGUCUAAGGGUGAGGCUGGUGCUCCCGGAGAGAAUGGCGCCCCUGGACCUAUGGGACCUCGUGGUUUGCCCGGCGAGAGAGGUCGUCCUGGACCCAGUGGAGUUGCUGGAGCUCGUGGAAAUGAUGGUCUGCCCGGCCCUGCUGGUCCUCCAGGCCCUGUCGGUCCUUCUGGAGCUCCUGGCUUCCCUGGCUCUCCUGGUUCAAAGGGAGAGGCUGGUCCUACUGGUGCUCGUGGACCUGAGGGUGCUCAGGGACCUCGUGGAGAGUCAGGUACCCCUGGAUCUCCCGGACCUUCUGGCGCUUCUGGGGACCCAGGUAUUCCAGGAUUCAAGGGAGAGGCUGGACCCAAAGGAGAACUUGGACCCGCUGGUCCUCAGGGAGCACAUGGCCCCCAGGGAGAGGAGGGUAAGAGGGGACCCAGAGGAGAGCCCGGUGCUGCUGGACCACUUGGACCUCCCGGAGAGAGAGGAUCCCCUGGUAACCGUGGUUUCCCCGGUCAAGAUGGUCUGGCUGGUCCCAAGGGAGCCCCUGGUGAGCGUGGACCCGCCGGUGCCAGCGGUCCCAAGGGUGCUAACGGUGACCCCGGCCGUCCUGGAGAGUCUGGUCUGCCUGGUGCCAGAGGCCUAACUGGACGACCUGGUGACGCUGGUCCUCAAGGAAAAGUUGGACCUUCUGGAGGUUCUGGUGAGGAUGGACGUCCUGGACCCCCUGGCCCACAGGGAGCCCGCGGACAGCCUGGCGUCAUGGGAUUCCCUGGACCCAAGGGAGCGACUGGUGAGUCUGGCAAGUCUGGAGAGAAAGGACUGGCUGGAGCUGCAGGUCUGAGAGGUCUGCCCGGCAAAGAUGGAGAAACUGGCGCUGCUGGACCCCCCGGCCCCGCUGGCCCCGCUGGAGAGAGAGGAGAGCAAGGACAGCCCGGACCCUCCGGCUUCCAGGGUCUGCCUGGACCUCCAGGCCCCCCUGGAGAGGGAGGCAAGCCCGGAGACCAGGGAGUUCCUGGAGAGGCUGGAGGUGCCGGAGCUACUGGACCCAGAGGUGAGCGUGGUUUCCCCGGAGAGAGAGGAGCUGCUGGUCCUCAGGGUCUGCAGGGACCCAGAGGUCUGCCUGGAACUCCCGGAACUGAUGGACCCAAGGGAGCCAUUGGACCUGCUGGUGGUGCUGGAGCUCAGGGACCCCCCGGCCUGCAGGGUAUGCCUGGAGAGAGAGGUGGUGCUGGCAUCCCCGGACCCAAAGGAGACAGAGGGGACAUUGGAGAGAAAGGACCUGAAGGUGCCUCUGGCAAAGAUGGUGGUAGAGGUCUCACUGGUCCCAUCGGCCCUCCUGGUCCUGGUGGCCCCAACGGAGAGAAGGGUGAAUCAGGUCCUGCUGGUCCCUCUGGAGCUCCCGGUACCCGCGGCACUCCUGGUGACAGGGGUGAGACUGGACCUCCUGGACCUGCUGGAUUUGCUGGACCCCCUGGCGCUGACGGUCAACCUGGAACCAAGGGAGAGCAGGGAGAGUCUGGACAGAAGGGAGACGCUGGUGCCCCUGGACCCCAAGGACCAUCUGGUGCCCCCGGACCUGCUGGUCCCACAGGUGUAUUUGGACCUAAAGGUGCUCGUGGUGCUCAGGGACCUCCUGGUGCCACUGGUUUCCCUGGAGCUGCUGGCCGUGUUGGUCCUCCUGGUCCCAACGGUAACCCUGGACCUGCUGGUCCUGCUGGGCCUCCUGGUAAAGACGGACCCAAGGGUGUGAGGGGAGAUGGCGGACCUCCAGGCCGACAGGGUGACGCUGGGCUCCGCGGCCCUGCUGGAGCUCCUGGAGAGAAGGGAGACGCUGGAGAGGACGGUCCUCCUGGUCCACUGGGUCCUUCAGGUCCUCAGGGUCUGGGUGGUCAGCGCGGUAUUGUCGGUCUACCAGGACAGCGUGGUGAGAGAGGCUUCCCCGGUCUGCCCGGACCCUCUGGUGAGCCCGGAAAGCAGGGAGGUGCUGGUGGCACCGGAGACCGUGGACCCCCUGGACCUGUCGGACCACCUGGACUUACCGGACCUGCAGGAGAGCCUGGCAGAGAGGGCAACCCUGGAUCUGAUGGACCUCCUGGUAGAGACGGUUCUCCUGGAAUCAAGGGUGAUCGUGGUAACACUGGUCCUGCUGGCGCUCCUGGUGCUCCAGGCGCUCCCGGCGCCUCCGGCCCUGUUGGUCCCACCGGUAAACAGGGAGACAGAGGAGAGGCUGGUGCACAAGGACCUGCUGGACCUUCAGGACCCGCUGGAGCCAGAGGAAUGCCCGGACCCCAAGGACCCCGUGGUGACAAGGGUGAGGCUGGAGAGUCUGGUGAGAGAGGACAGAAGGGACACAGAGGCUUCACUGGUCUGCAGGGUCUGCCCGGACCUCCGGGUCAAGCUGGAGAUCAGGGAGCUACUGGACCUAGUGGACCUUCUGGACAGAGAGGACCACCUGGACCUGUUGGUCCUGCUGGAAAGGACGGUUCAAACGGCAUGCCAGGACCCAUCGGGCCCCCCGGACCUCGUGGUCGCUCUGGAGAGACUGGUCCCUCUGGUCCUCCCGGAAACUCCGGACCCCCAGGUCCUCCUGGUCCCCCCGGCCCCGGCAUCGACAUGUCUGCCUUCGCUGGCCUGGGCCAGACCGAGAAGUCCACCGAUCCCCUCAGGUACAUGAGGGCCGACCAGGCCUCUGGAAACCUCCGUCAGCACGAUGCCGAGGUCGACGCCACCCUCAAGUCUCUCAACAACCAGAUUGAGAACAUCCGCAGCCCAGAGGGAUCCAAGAAGAACCCUGCUCGCACCUGCAGAGACCUGAAGCUGUGCCACCCUGACUGGAAGAGCGGAGAGUACUGGAUUGAUCCCAAUCAGGGCUGCACUAUUGAUGCAAUCAAGGUUUUCUGCAACAUGGAGACAGGAGAGUCCUGCGUCCAGCCCAAACCUUCCAGCAUCCCUCGUAAGAACUGGUGGUCCAGCAAGAGCAAAGACCGCAAACACGUCUGGUUCGGAGAAACAAUGAAUGGAGGAUUCCACUUCAGCUAUGGUGACGACAGCCUGGCACCCAACACAGCUGCCAUUCAGAUGACCUUCCUGAGACUGCUCUCCACCGAGGCUGCUCAGAACCUCACCUACCACUGUAAGAACAGCGUGGCCUAUAUGGACGCCUCGACAGGGAACCUGAAGAAGGCCGUGCUGCUGCAGGGCUCCAACGAUGUGGAGAUCAGAGCCGAGGGCAACAGCCGCUUCACUUACAGCGUGAUGGAGGACGGCUGCACGAAACACACGGGCCAGUGGGGCAAGACGGUGAUCGAGUACAGAUCGCAGAAGACCUCUCGUCUCCCCAUUGUGGACAUUGCUCCCAUGGAUAUUGGUGGAGCGGACCAGGAGUUUGGAGUCGAAGUCGGGGCGGUCUGCUUCUUGUAAAGAAUGAGGGAUCCAAAAAAAAGAAGAGAAAGAAUGAAAAGUGGGAAUUUGAAACAAAGCUAAAAUGAAAGAGGAGCACACUUCAGAUAAAGGAGGAGAGAAAGAGAGAAAUCAAGACACUUUUUUUAAAUGGGACUUUUUUUCUAAGUAAAAAGUGCUUUUUUCCAAGUCGAACUUCGUAGGAUAUCUGCACUGAAUGGCACUAGCAACUGUCAUCUGUGAUUCAUCCAGUCAACUCGCCCCGCCCCCACGGACACCCAGCAUCGCCCCAAAAGCCCCCCCCACUCCACCCCAGGUGAACAGCAGCCCCCCGCCUACACAAGCCCCACCCCACAUCCAUGAACAAGACGGAGGAAGUAUGAGGAGAGUACGGGAACGUACCAGGGAACUAGAGAGAGAAAAAUGUCUUGGUGUUAUUUAUUUAUUGUUUAGGUUUGGCUCCCGGGUGCGGUAGGACUGAGUUUGAUGCUAAGUAAUAAAAAAAUCCCAUUUACACAAAAAAAAAAACCUUAUCCACCAACCUCCUCUUACAUCCUCCUCUUUUCUAAGCAACCCCAUCACCCCUUUGCCAUAUCCACUAAAUAACUCUUUGAAACCAAAAAUCUUGCUACUUAGAAAGUGCAGGUGUCGCUAUUUCUACCACCACAGUGUGUAUCGAAAACGUUACUGUGUAUCAUAAUAAAGGUCAAUGGUG